CAAGUGUAUAUAGCUGAUAUGCACUACUGACUAAAGUCGGACUAACACAAGGGUCGGGAUCGACCAGCAUGGCGGAGGGCUUGAGUCGAUGUCCUCUACCAUAUGGGAAGGUCUACCAUUUCAACGUCAUCUACAACCACGCCCGGAGUCCCCUCUCAGUCACCCCAGACACACGACUGUCCCUUGCAUUUGCCAGGAAGGUCGUGACGACCUUAGAGCGUCUCGGUUUCGUGAACACAUACUACCAUGACCGGGAUAGUUUACCGGGUAGAAAUGUAUUCACAGAGAUGUUCCGGGUGGUAGAGGGAUCGGACUAUACAAUCGUUGUUCUAACUACGGGAUUUGUUAAGGAUUGCUGGAGCAGGUAUUCCCAACAAUCGACAUUCAAGAAGCUUCUCGAUCAAGGACAGACCUACAAGUUUCUACCGUUAUCGGUCGGACUCAAAGAAAGUGAUCUACCCGAGGAAUUAACGACUGAAAGCGUUUUAUGUUUUCGUGAAAACUGGGAGGGUGAUGACUUGGCAUGGAGCCGACUGACGCGCGUGUUCACAGAGAAUAUCCCAGUGACAGAGGUGACAAGGGGACCGGACCUUCACAGCACUGAACCUAUACAGGAAACCAACACCCCAGAUGGCCAACUGAGAUUUUCGGGGAGAGAUGACCUUGACUAUGCAAAUGAACCUCCUGAACCACAAGGUGAAGGUCAACGUUUGAUAAAUCAGAAUCGAUCUGGAGACACUGAAGUAACUGUGGGGAGGAGUCAUUUCGCUAACGUGGGUGAAACCAACAGCGGGCACACUGGGUUGGUUGAUGAAACCAAUAGCGGGAACACUGGGUUGGUUGAUGAAACCAACAGCGGGAACACUGGGUUGAUUGAUGAAACCAAUAGCGGGAACACUGGGUUGGUUGAUGAAACCAACAGCGGGAACACUGGGUUGAUUGUUGAUGAAACUGACAGUGGGAGGGUUGAUGAAACUACUGACAGGGCGAGAGAUGAUGAACAGAUAGCACGGCUCGACUGUGGAAAUGUAGACAACCCCGAGAGAGUGUCAGCCGGUGAAGCGAGCAAUGCCCAGAGCCGCACAGAUGAUGACGUGAACCUACACCCGGCUCAAGACCAACAUGUCACACAAGUAGAACCAGACGGACCAGUCGGUGGAAUUCAUGAAGGAAAGACGAUCACUGAACAUGGGAACACAGAACCUCAAAACGCAGAAAGUCAGAUCCUAGAACGUCAAAACACGGAAAGUCAAAACACAGGAAGCCAAAACACAGAACGCCAGAACACAGAAAGCCAAAACAGAGGAAGACAGAGCACGGAACGUCAGAUCACAACACGUCAAAACACAGAAAGUCAGAUCACAGAACAUCAGGACACAGAGAGUAAGAACACAGAACAUCAGGACACAGAGAGUAAGAACACAGAACAUCAGGACACAGAGAGUAAGAACACAGAACGUCAGGACACAGAGAGUAAGAACACAGAACGUCAGGACACAGAGAGUAAGAACACAGAACGUCAGGACACAGAGAGUCAAAACAUAGGAAGCCAGAACACAGAAAGUCAGAACACAGAACGUCAUAUCACAGAACGUCAGAUCACCGAGAAUCAGAUCCCAGAUAGUCAGAUCACAGACGGUACCUCCAUGGACCUGUCCAGGCGACAGACGAUUAGGGAUACCCGGGUACAACGGGGGAACAAUGGGUUAGGAUCAACACGCCAGAACAUCCCCCGGCAAGACAGAGAACAGGAUCACGGGACAGGAGGUCCCUCUACUCCCAUGCAGCGUCGAGGAACAGACAGCAGGUUGGGUAACUGUGAGACUGGUACCCACACAAUCUCCUCCCUUAGUCUACCCAUGACAAGUCUGGAGGUAGACCAGGGGGAUUUGGAAUCGUCAGUUGUAUCACGACUUGAAAGAACGGGAAUGGUUGGGUUUCGACAAGAGCUCGCCCAGACGAGGAGGAGAUCGACCGAUGACACAUCAGAGAAGAGUGAAGGUGGGGGUCGCUACCGGCAUAGCGUGGAUAUAACUGCUACACCUCGCUCAUUGUUCCUGAAACAGGGCAUGGAGAAGUCUGUGCACGAUGUAGACCAAACACACCUGAAGUUCACUGAGGCAGAAAAGCAAGAAGAAAACUCUGAUCAAAGGCAGCCUCCGGCUUCAACUAAUCGAAACGACGUGUCCCCAGGGAGCAGUAGUCCUAUUGGAGUCAGUGGUGUAUCAUAUAUGUCUUGUAAAAAACCGGCACGUUAUCAAACCGGCCCGGAUCAGACAGGUCCUUCUAUCGAAGCCGCCACGACCACCAGGCAGAAUAUCACGAAAGUUGAUGAGGUGCGAGAGUUGGAGGACGUCCUCUUUAGGGAGACGCUUCCGUCACUGGAGGAUUCUGGGAUAUCUGAGAGCGGGAGUUGGAGUAUCGAAGCCAGAACGGACACAGAGAGUCUGCAGGACUUGUCGAGUCCGGAGGAGACAUCCAGUGGCGAUAUCACCAUGGUCAAAAGCAUGCUGACCUCGUCGGAGCGAGGAACGCCGGAUGGGAGCGUCCAGGAAAGGCAGACGACAGAAUUGAGUGUUCAAGGAGGAUCUUACACAGAUCUCCACGCCCAAGGCAGAUGUAAGGGACGUGAAAACAAAACUGAAGCAGAUCUUGAUUCCCCCAUUAAUGUUGCUCACUACGACCUCAGAGAGCUUGGCGUAACGACGGCUAUAGAUGAGCUUGGAAGUUCAAACCAAGAAGAUUUGUCACGGGUUUCGGGACAUGACAGUCCUUUCUCUGACCUAUCAGUUUCUCGGGAAGCCCUGAACACUAAGGCACGGGUUUCGGGAGAUGACAGUCCUUUCGCUGACCAAUCAGCUUCUCGGGAAGCCCUUAACACCAACGGACGAACUCAAACAGACACCCGAUCAUUAUUAAAGAAGCAAUCAGUAACUGAUACCAUCAGUCUCACGAACGAAGCGAUGGAACGGUUUGGGACAAGCCAAGCAGCCCUAACCCCAACAAGUGGUGAAAACAUGGCAUCUUCACACAAGGUAACGUCGCUUGGCAACAAAAGUCAGGAGCACCACAAAUCCGGUCAGACAAACACUGAGUCGGCUGAAAGACAUGAGCUUCCGGAUAAGACAAGAAAAGAGUCUCAAUCUCAGCCACAGCAAGACCGCUCAAAGUACACUCCAAGCGACAGUCGGCAUGAAGAAUACCCAAUUGACAAAAAGAGUGUUCGAGUUGAUACCGUCUCUGAUGUCACGGAGAAGUCGUGGAAUGUGCAGGGAACUGAAACGAGGUCUGACUUUGUCAAGCAAGAAGAACAUGCCACAUCCUCGAAGGCCACAGGUUACCGAAGCAAAGGGUCAGGAGAUCAAAUUCCAACAACAUCAAACACAGGCAGUUCUUUCGACGCCGAAUCAGCUGAUUCAACACGUGAGCCUCGAAAAACAUCACUGUUGGCACUACUUCUCCCGGCAUGCAAAGUAAUUGUUCACCUGAUGACGAGGGCAGAACAUCCGUUCUAUGUUUGAACAGCCAGAUAUUGACCUUAUGUCUACACCUGCUGAUAAGAAGAUGGCAGCAUCUGUGAAAUAAGUAACAUUUUAGACAGAGGAAAACGUCAAACAUGAGAUCAUAGGAUGCCAUGGAGAAUGACUUUAUAAAAUCAUGUGCAGACUCAAUUUGAUUCAACUCCAAAAGAAACGCUCGCAAACUUUUCUCGCCUCGACGUCUCCAAACACUAACACGACCAUCGGACAGGACUAUACAAAAACGACUUUCAUCUGUAUAGAUAACCCUUCUCAUGUACCUGGGCCCCGUCCCACAAAGCCAUCAUAGCGCUAAGGUGAUCGUAACUCCCAUACUUUAACACUGGCUUGCGAUAGUCAAAGCGCUAAGAUCGCUUUGUGAAACGUGUCCCAGUUAUGAAAAGUCCGAUGAUAAUGUGCCCAUAUCUGACGUUCCGGCGAUGACGUUGACUUGAACGUUAAAUUAAGGUCGACGAUAGUGAGUGAGUGAGCUGAGUUUAACGCCGCUUUGAACACUAUUCAAGCUAUACCAGGGCAUGUCAGCUUAACGUGGGAGGAAGCCCGAAGUGAUGCAGGUCUCAGACCUUUACCACUUUGGUAUCGUCGACGGUGGUGGGGAUUGGCACUUCUCAACCUCAGUCGAACGGUUUGACUGCUGAUGGGUCUCUUGUGAGUCCAAAACGUCAUUGGAGUAAUUUUGGUUUCACAUACCGACCACGUACUGAUCUUGUCAAUCUGAAGUAACUCGCGGUCGGCCGCGUUUUUGACGUUCAUCUGCACUGUUGGUUAACUGAUGACGUUCUUGAAGCCUGUAAAUUGUAAAAUGAUGGACACCUAGGUGUGUGGCAACUCCACUCAACGUCAGUAAGACCGAUAGUUAGACGGGGCAUGGUCCUUUUGUGUCAAAAUUAAAUUCAAAACAGCUUGAUUUUUUAGACCAGAUGACACGGUGUCCAAUUUAUCGGUUAAAACGUUCUCAAACCUUCUGGUAAUAAAGCGAACAGCUUCGCGUUUCUGUUGGAGUUGGGUAUACAUGUAUAUACAAAAUGUAUAGGAUAUCUGGUGUUUUACAGUGUGUGUUCAUUUCGAUAUAUCUUAUACAAAUAUCUACUGAAGUUUGUUCUUUUUCGGAUUUUACUUUUUGUAUUCAAAGAAUCGUUUUUAUAUCAAGAUUUCAAUGUUUCUGUUCAUUUAUAUUUUAAUUAUUUGUGAUAUUAAGUUGUGUACCUUGCUCGCAUUAUGAUAUUUUUCCAUUUGAAUAUAUUUAUAUGAGGCAUAUCAAUUUUCAGCUUCUCUGUAUGACGAACUUCUGUCGCAAUGAUGUUGGAUAUAUGGGUAUGUCCUGCAUGGCUUCGCACGAUGAUAUUUCCGAAAAGCAAUUACGUGGUUAAACAAUAAACCUUUUCUAUUUUUUGCUAUUUCUCACCCAGCAAUAUGUAUGUGCAUUCUUUUGUGUCAGGGAUUAUGUGUCUUUAACACUGAAACCUCGUUAUACCAGAAACCCUACCUUCCUGUCCUCCCUGUUGGUUUCUAUAUUGGUACAAAGCGAUACUUAGUAACUAUGAUUUAAUUCGGACAUUUGUGAAUCCAUACAAUUUGAAGGGCACGAAACCGUCCGGAUUAAUGGGGUUUCACUGUAUAUACGUCUGUAUUAUUCAUAAUACAACCCCUUUCUAACUGACUGUGCGGUACAAAAUUAUUUUAAAAUAUAUUUCAUAAGAUAUAUGAUUGGCGUUCAAUGUUGUUUGUAGUGACAAAACAAGCUUCAUAAGUCCGUGAGUGUCCAUAUCCACCCCAACAAUGUGUGUCAAGCAAUAUCAGUCGCGUUUGAGUGAGUGAGUAUGGGUUUACGCCGUAUUUAGCAAUAUACCAGCAAUAUCACGGAGGGGGACACCAGAAAUGGACUUCACACAAUGUAACCAUGUGGGGAAUCAAACUCGGGCCUUCGACAUGACGAGCGAAAUCUGUACCCACAAGACUACCCCCACCUCCCCCAAAUGGACAUCUGUAUUAAUGUAUACAUGUAUAUAUAAAGUAGAUAAGCGGUACAAGACUUUGCAUUUUGCUAUGCAUAGUUGCGUGCCUUGGCCGUGUCCGGAUCUGCUUUUCAAAAGGGUUUGAAUUCCAGAUUUUUCCAAAUUCUUAUCCUAGCCAGGACUUUCAGCAUUGUAUCCGAGUGGUAGACAAUUCAGCCGUCCUCCCACAGCUGACAUGCCAUGAUAUGACUGAAAUACUGUUCAAAUCGGCGUUAAAAUCACUCACUAACUCCCUAUAUAUGUCUUUCAGCAUCAUAAGCAUUUAACCUAUACAUAAUUUUGUUUACUUAGACCUAACCAUACAAUGUGUUGAAGUGUUAUCUCAUAAUAAUAUGCACUUACAAAUACGUUGUUAGAGCAAUGUUUUAUAGUGGCAUUGAACGUCGUUGAUAUAUGCCGAUAUUGGAAUAGAUGUGAAUGCUGACAGUCAUAUUGCAACAUAGCCCGAAUGCAGUGCUGUAACCCCUCUGUUUGUCGAUCUGAGCUGUCUAUGUAAUACUUGUGUACAUGAAUUACGGAAUUAAUAUGUGUAUGAUUUGAUUGUAAAUAUAUCGUAACAGAAACAUUUACAUUUAUAUACAUACAUGUUUUGUUGAGAAAUAUUUCAAAAGCUAAAAAUAUAUAAUUAAUCAACUAAUCAACUCGUGUUUUUAUAUAGAAACUAUUUCGUCACGUUUGUCAAAAUAAAUGUUGAUUUUAUUUAUGUUUAUAUACAGUUGAUGUAUUGAAUGAUAAGUCUGUGAGUGUAAUAAACACCUACAUGUGUACAUUUACAAGCA